AUGACCUCAUUCCCAGUACCUGGCAUGACCCCAUUCCCAGUACGAGGCAUGACCCCAUUCCCAGUACGUGGCAUGACCUCAUUCCCAUACGUGGCCGUGGGGCCGUGGUGGGGCCAAAUUAACAUCUUGUCUCUCAUCUUGUCUCUCAUCUUGUCCCUCAUCUUGUCUCUCAUCUUGUCUCUCAUCUUGUCUCUCAUCUUGUCUCUCAUCUUGUCUCUCAUCUUGUCUCUCAUCUUGUCUCUCAUCUUGUCUCUCAUCUAUUCACAGAAACUGAAGAAAAAGGCCAAGCGCCUGCAGAGGAGAGAGAAAGAACUGACGCUGAAAGAGGAGCAAGAUGUGGUGGUGGUGGUGGUGGAGUGGUACGAGAGUGUCAGCAUCUACUUCUCCGACAUUGUGAGCUUCACUACCAUCUCUUCCAAGUGUACGCCCAUGCAGGUGGUGGAUCUCCUCAACUCGCUCUAUUCGACUUUCGACAACCGAAUCGGCACUUACGAUGUGUAUAAAGUCGAAACAAUCGGGGAUGCUUACAUGGUGGCGAGCGGAGUGCCCUUAAGGAACGGGACUAAGCACGCGGAGGAGAUCGCCACCAUGUCCAUCGACCUCCUGUCUGCCAUUAAACAGAUCGACGCCCCGAUGGUGGAGGGCGGGAAACUCAAGAUUAGAAUUGGAAUACAUUCAGGUCCGUGUGUGGCGGGUGUGGUGGGCCUAAAGAUGCCGCGCUACUGUCUGUUCGGGGAUACCGUCAACACAGCCUCUAGGAUGGAGUCAAACAGUGAACCCAUGAAGAUCCACUGCAGCAAAGUUACACGGGACCUCCUGGUGGCACUGCAGAAAUACAAGCUGGACAGCCGGGGAGUGAUUGACAUAAAGGGCAAAGGUAAAAUGGAGACCUUCUGGCUGACCGGCCGCACAGACAUGGGCGAGAGCAACGACAGCAUGACGUGUCUGUGGAGGCCGAAGAAGAAGAAAAAACCCGCCGAUAACGCAGCAGCAGCACCUGCCAAGCCCCUCCCAACCGUCCCGGAGACGACCUCAGCAUCCGAACCAGCCAAUCAGGGUGAAGAAAAAUCACAGUCAGCCAAUCAGGACGUAGAAAAUUCACUGUCAGCCAAUCAGAACGGAGACAAAUCACAAUCAGCCAAUCAUGAGAGUGGUAAGGAAAUAACGCUGGAGACAGUCAACGAAAUAAAUGAGACUGUGGCGGGGAAGAAAACGUCAUCUCAGCCAAUCGUUGAAGAGGGUAAGGCAGAAGAGAAUGACGUCACCACAAAGAAAGACGCGUCAAAGAAGGAUAGUUCAGACUCCGGCUUCAACGAAGACGCAAAAGACCCUCAACAAAUUCCACAGAACUCUUCUGAUCCCGCGCCUGUCAACGACACUAAAGCGAACGAUGGUGUCGUGGGUGGAGCUACUGUGUGGGUGGAGAACGAGUUGACCAAUCAGACGUCCGCAGUGCCGAGCUCACAGCCAAUCGUAACGGUGGAGGAGUUGGAGAGAGAGCUGGACAAUUCUCCGAAUAUGUUUGACAAAGACGAGGAACGAAACUCAGUAGACGAGGGAGGCGGGGACGUAGAUGGGGAAAAGGAGGUCAAAGAUGACGACAACGAGACAAAAGAUACGGUCGCACACACAAAAGAAAACGUCACUAAACAACAAGCGAACAAGGGCGGCAACUCGAGCGGGAAAGGUCGCCCCCAAAAUGACGUCAUCAAGCGGGAAAUCCCGUCCCGCCCCGCGCUCGUCCAGCCCUCCGCCAAAGACCCCCUCCCGCCCGUGGCGAAAUCGGCACCCUACAGACCCCCGCCCCAACAGUCAAGCAACCUCCAUCCCUCCGACCCCACACCAUCUGCAAAAAGCAACACACCAAACCACCCGCACCACCACCAGCACCACAACUCUAGACUCACCACUCCACACGGCACCAACUAUGCAUCACCAACAUCAUUAUCAUUAUCAUUAUCGUCCUCAUCACCGCUUUCUAGAAGCCCACAUAACCCAACAUCACCUAGAACUACACCUUCCCCACGAAUCUCCACCCACAAACCAGCAACAGUCGCCACCCGCUUCCUACCACUGGUGAAAAAACUGAAAAACGCCGCGGCUUUCUCGAGAUCCAUCACCUCCAAACUCCCAACCGCGACAGUCGACCCUUCCCAACCCCCACCCACUCCCCUCCGCCCCCACAGACCAGCUCAAAACAAAUCUGCUUCCCUGCUUCAUUCCUCCCGGAAAGACAGAGUGACCCCGAGUGGUCAGCGUGACCCGGAUGUACUGACCAUCCAGGGAGGAGACUGCAGGAGUCCCUCAGUGACCGGUGUGACGUCACGAGAGCAGACGAUCCACACGAUCAGUAGCUGUGUGCCCACCGGUGUGUUGUUGGAGUCCACGGACUCUGGGAGUAGUUUUACUAACAUAUAG